UUCUUCUUUCUCACUGACCCGAAAUACUUCAUUGAAACCCAUUGGCCCGAAGACCCAGCAUGGCAGCUGGUUGAACAACACGUCUCGCUGGAAGACUUUGAACAGAGAGUCUUUAAAACAUCCCAGUUUUUCAAGCUUCAGCUCUCCCUUCUCUCUCCAGACGUCUCCCUUCUCAAAACAGCUCAUGGGGAAGCCACGGUGGCCCUGAAGAGUGCACAUCCAACAGAGUUUAGCUACCACCUCUCCAAGCUCUCUGGUGAAGUUAGCAAAGAUGACAUGGGCACGACUCAUGGGAUGAUGACCGUGUCCAAGCAGAGCAUGACUCUCAAAGUGACCCCCCCAACAGAGGGCUUGUUUGACUUGAUGGUCUUCGCGCGGCCAUCAGACUCUCCAGGCCCCUAUCACUGGGUGUGCUCCUAUCAGAUCCAGUGCCUGGAGCCCAUCAGUAGAGAAAACCUGCCUGAAAAUCCCUUUCAUUUUUGGGGCCUUCACCAAAAGGUGAAGGACUUUGGUAUCGAGGACUGCAGCUGGAGAGGGGACCUGGUGGUCGCUGCAAGGGGAGCUUUGCUCUUGACUCUACAGACAACGCGGCCCUUGCUGGCCACAUACGAGCUGGUUCAUCAAGAGUUAGACGCUUCUCUGAGCAAGAAGUGCCUGGCAUCUCAAGCAGAGGAAGACAAGCUGAGUUGCCACGUGCUGUGCCCUUUUCGGGGCUACUACCGGCUCUCGGUGUUUGUGAAAGAGCUAGGAGACACCGCGUUCAAAAAUGCAGCCAACUUCCUCAUCCGUUGCUCCGGCCCCGUCAAUCGGAACGAGCUCUUCCCAUCCGGCCUCAGCAUGCACUGUGGGAGCGGGACUUACACCCGUGGAAGGGGCCUUUCCAACCCCAGCCACCCCGCCCCCAUCAUCACUACCAUGCAGGGCAAGUGUAACAUCACCUUCCACGCGCGGCCCGACGUCGAAGUGGCAGCCGUCCUGAGCAAGGACAACGUCACCAACACCAAGUACCCCAUGGAGAGAUACGUCCUCCUCACUCACCUGAGAAACAAGGUCAGCGUGUGCAUCCUGCUUCCUGAGCCAGGCAUCUACAAAGUGGGGCUCUUUGGCAAGAACAAGGACCAUAAGGACUUCGCCCAUGUCUGCGACUACAUCAUCCGCUGUUUCUCCAACCCCCGGUGGCCCCCUUUCCCCAGGGUGUACAGCCUGUGGAGGAGAGGGUGCAUACUGCUACAGCCCAGAACUGGCGUGCUCCAGGAACAAAGCUGGGUCACAUUUAGGGUCAAGAUGCCCAAAGCCCACAAAGCUCUCGUCAUUGGGCAUGCCAAGACUGAGCUGAAGCCAACUCAGAGCAAGAUCUGGGAGGGGGAAGUGCAUACAGGGCCAGCUGGGACUCUGCUCAAACUGGUGGCUAAAUUCAGCCAGCAAUCCACCAGCAUGGAGGUCGUCCUCUCGUUUGAUGUGGGGUCUGCAGGGUAAAUGAUCCAGGGGAGACGAGGAAAGAUCCCAAGAGCCCAGGAAGGAAAGAAGCCCUAUCAGACUGGAAGAAAAAAGGACAACCCCAAAUACCGUGUCAGGUGGACUCUCAAAAUUAUACAGGGUGCAGCCUCCGUCUUGCAGGAUAUUACAGCACUCCUCUCACUUGGAGAUGGUGUGUCAAGCUGAUCAGAACCAGCACACCGAGGUCUCUUAAUAGCGUAUGCAUAUAAGAGUUUAUUAAUAUAAGAGGAAUCUGUUAUCCGGUUCCUCUAGAGGACGGUUAUUUUACCACUUUUUACCCGUGCGACUAACUGCAGCUUGUUUUAUUUGACAUCUCUUCCAGAUCUUGGAAAUGCAUGUGGUUUCUUCCUCCUGAGAGCGGGGGGAAAAAUAGGACCUGGAGCCAAAAACAAAAAGCAUCAGGUGGUAGCAAUAUUUUACCAAUGUAAAUAUGCAGGAAGGAAGUUAAUGGUUUCCAGAGGAAUUUGUGCUUUGGGGCAGAGGAGGGGCAGAGGUUGUAUUUUAUUUUUAACUGCUGCUUUAAAAUUUCUCCUGGGACAUUCAACCAGGUCUUCAUUAGCGAGGCUGACAUGUAACUGCAUUGCAUGCUACCUAUGGGCAUUGAGGGAUUCAAAUUGGAGAUGGGAACACUCAGGAAAGCGGUUCUUUGGCCAAGACGCCGCAGUACAAUAACCAAAAGCAUAGUCACAAGUGUAGUUAUGAUCUGGCACAAGCUAAAAGGCAGUGUCGUAACAGAGAUAGGACUCCUGCCCGGGCAACUUGCGUGUAGGUUGGCAAUGCAUCCUUACCAAACGCAUGCAUGGGCACCAAGAGCAACUCCAUCACCAGGCACUGAAAUGCGGUUGCCUACGAAGGGGAGCUGGGCACUGUCGUUGCAGCAUGUCGUUUAAGCACAACGAUAUCACAUGACCGUUUAGGACAGGAAGUGAAGAUGACACCGUGAACCGCGCCUGGAAUGGUUGAACUGAUUUGGAGCAGGGCCUUCACCUUGCGCUGAACAGAGACUGACCCUCGCUUAGCCCUGUCUUCGUACGGGGAGAAGGGAGAAGAUUAGGCAGUGAAUAUUUGUGCACCCCUAAGCCCACGCUGCACGGCUGGUUUCAUCUUCCAUCGUGACUGCGCAGCUCUCUGAAUGAGAUCCAGGGUUAUUUUGGGAUGCUUUACAAGCAGCAGACCGGGGGAUACCCUCCACUGCUUUUCAGCCACAGCCUUUCCAGCGUGACGUGCUGAAGACACUCAGAUAAAAAUGGCUCUUGCUGGGCACGGAAAGCAAGGGCAUUUGAGGUAAAGCAAGGCACUCAGUGGAAAAGCCCCGGCAUACUGGAAUGACUGGGAGGAAAUGUCACUAAGGACGAGGAGACGUGGACCGUUCCAGGGGCUGA